AUGUCUACUGGAGUUGGAGCUGGAGUUGGAGCUGGAGUUGGCACUGGAGUUUCUGGUUCUGGGGGUGCUGGGGUUGGAGCUGUAGUUGGAGCUGACCCGGUGGGUGCAGAGGACUCUUGUCGUCCGGGAGCUGGUGCUGGUCGCGCGGACACUGGGGGUGAGAGUGCGCCUCCUUCGGGUUCUGGUGAGCCUGGGUCUGGAGCUGGUGUUAGUGCUGCCUCUGGGGGUGGUGCGCCUGGUUCUUCGGGGGUGGACUCUGGAGCUACUGCUGCUUCGGACACUACUCCGCCCCCCCACCCCUACCCGACUAGGCACCAGGCUCGUGUUCGCCGUACCCGUGACGAGCAGCUGGCGUUGGAGAGAGAGGAGAGGGAGUUACAGCGGCUGGAGGAGCAGCAGCAGCAGCUGGAGCCGCAGGAGCAGCAGCAGCAGCAGCAGCAGCCGCUGGACCCGCAGGAGCAGCAGUCCCAGCAGCAGCCGCUUCCGCAGCAGCAGCAGUCGCAGCAGCAGCAGCAGCAGCAGCCACUUCCUCCUCCUGUCUCGGGUCUUCGGACCCUUGGUCUCCCCUCCCCUUCUCCUCCCUCCUCCGCCUCUCCUCCUGUCUACGGUCCCACGUUUCCUCCUCCUGACUCCUCCCCCGCUGUUUUCCCCAGUUCUCCGCCUUUGUCCUCUCCUCCUCCGUCUCGUUCUUGGGCUACUCGUCGCUCCCCUCGUGCUCGUCCCUCGUCUCCUGUUCCCUUCACUGACCUUCGUACUGCCUUCCUUCUUUCUAGUCCACCUCGUCCGUCUCAGUCUGUGCUUCCGUCUCCUCCUGAGUCGGCCCUCACUGUGUCGCUCCCUACUCCUGUCACUGACUACUACCGCACGUACCGUCCUGUUCUCUCUCGUGUUCUCGCCUCUCUUGUUACUCACCCUCGUGCCUCUGUGUCCUCUGUGUCCGCUCUUACUGCCGCAGUUACUGACUUUGCCUCUACCCGCCGCCUUGACUACGCCACCACGCUUGUGGCUGCUCCUCCUACCAGUCCUCUGGCCAUCGGGGGUGUGUCUGCCCUUGGCUGUGACGCCCUAGAGGACAGGCAGUUUGAGCUAGAGUUUCUGGCGGCCGCUUCCCCUCAUCUCUGUGCCAUGCUCCUCGCCCCUGAGGGUGACCCCGACGCCCUUGACAUUCCGACUCCUCGCACUUACGCUGAGGCAGUGUCAGGGCCUUGGGCCUCUCAGUGGAGAGCUGCCAUGGACGCAGAGAUGGCCUCCUACAGAUCCACAGGCACCUACGUCGAUGAGGUUCCCCCCCCUGGGGCGAACGUAGUCGACGGCAUGUGGAUCUACAGGGUGAAGCGGCCACCGGGAUCUCCCCCGGUCUUCAAGGCGCGCUACGUGGCUAGAGGUUUCAGUCAGCGCGAGGGAGUUGACUUCUUUCAGACCUUCGCACCUACCCCGAAGAUGACCACUCUUCGGGUGUUACUACACGUAGCAGCACAGAGAGACUACGAGUUACACUCUCUCGACUUCUCCACUGCUUUCCUUCAGGGCAGCCUACACGAGGAGGUCUGGUUGCGUCGUCCCUCGGCCUUCACUGGCACCUUCCCUCCUGGGACCCAGUGGAGGCUGAGGCGACCUGUUUACGGUCUUCGCCAGGCCCCUCGUGAGUGGCACGACACUCUGCGUUCUACCCUGUCUGACCUUGGGUUCCAGCCGUCUUCUGCCGACCCGUCGCUGUUCGUUCGUCGUGGCUCCACACCGUUCUUUGUUCUGGUUUACGUCGACGACCUCGUUUUCGCCACUCCGGACAGGGUUGCUUUGGCAGACGUGAAGUCCGAACUGCAGAAGAGACACACGUGCACUGAUCUUGGUGAGCUGCGCCACUACCUUGGCCUGCAGAUCACCAGGGACAGAGCCGCUCGCACCAUUACACUCUCACAGUCACACAUGGUGCAGCAGGUCCUUCAACGGUUCGGGCUUCAGCACUCCACCGUACAGCGCACACCUCUCGCUGUUGACCACAGACUCACUGGUCCCUUUCCUGACGAGCCGUUUGAGCCUAGUGGUCCCUACGCAGAGCUUGUGGGUUGCCUCAUGUACCUGAUGACUUGUACUCGCCCGGACCUCGCCUUCCCUCUCAGCAUCCUUGCGCGCUUUGUUGCGCCAGGGAGACACCGUCCUGUUCACUGGACGGCAGCUGUGAGGGUGGCGAAGUACCUAGCGACUACAUCAGGCGUGGGGCUAGUUCUUGGAGGGCAGCAGUCUGUCGUACUCACUGGUCACUGUGACUCCUCUUACGCUGACGACGCUGAGACUCACAGGUCUACUCAGGGGUACUGUUUCAGUCUGGGUUCUGGAGCUGUUUCCUGGCGUUCCACGCGCUCCUCUUCUGUCUCGACCUCUACAGCUGAGGCUGAGAUUUACGCUGGUGCCAUGGCGGCACAGGAGUUGCGUUGGUUGACCUUCUUGCUCGCCGACCUUGGUGAGCGGCCGAGCUCUGCACCGACCUUGUUCACUGACAACAAGGCGUCGAUCCUCCUCUGUCGUGAGCCGCGACUGGAGAGCAGAGUGAAGCACAUUCACGUCAGGUACUUUCUUCUGCGAGAGUUGCAGAGACGUGGACAGGCUCGCUUCGAGUUUGUGGAGUCCGAGGCCAACACUGCAGACAUCUUCACCAAGGCGCUUCCGCCUCGUGACCACCAGAGGUGUUGUGUGCAGUUAGGCCUUGUUGACACAGGUUCUAGUCAUGUGUAG